UGCAGAUUUGACUCAUCAAAAGUGUAUGUGUGUUGACUGAAUAAUUGACUAAUUUCAACAGCAAUUGGAGACUCGCUUAUUUACUAGCUAAACAUCUGGGCGCUCAGUUUGAUGAGUUCGCACCGCUUGUGGACGGACAUGCAAGUAUAAGCACAUGUUACUCUUUACCGAAAAGGUAGCGCCUUUGAGGGUGGUGGCCGUCGACUUUGUCAUUUAAGAGUUACUCGCAAGUUGUGUAUGUGUAUAAAUGUUUUUUAGCUAAGUCAGAGUAGCUCAGGUGGAAAAUGAAAAGAUAUAAAUUGACCUGAACGCUGGGAAAAACAAUCAAAAACACUUCAACUUCAAAGCUCGCGGUACGCUUAGCUCAUCGAGUCUCGCUCGUGCAUAUAUAUAUAUAUAUAUAUAUAGUAGACGUUGUAAACUGUGAACUUGAAUUGUCUGUAUUAACUGCAGAGACCUGCGAAUAUUUCCAUUGUUCAACGUGUGUCGUAAAAAACGUUGUUGUUCUAAGUGCUUUUUGCUGCUGUAAUUCUAAUUCAACUGUUGAAAACGAAAGUGUUUUUGGUGUAUUCAUUCAACAACGGUUGGUUGAACGUAACGCUUGUGCGGCUGUGUGUGUGUGCGUUGACUUUUUGUGGGCGGAAAAGUUUGUAAAACAUCUAAAAGCGGCAAACAGCAGUUUAAACCACAUACUUACAUAGUGUUUGGCGAAAUGUGUUCGAGCGUUAAGUUGGCAGUUGCGUUGCUAUGCGUGGGUGUCCUGGCGGGACUUUCAGCGGAGGAAAGUACAAAUGCUGAAAGCACGAAUGCAGCAGUUCAACAAGAUCUAACCACUUCGGGCACUUCAGCGAAAUUGUUCAACUUGGGCAGUUUAUUUGGUCAGAGUCCCGGCUACGGUUACGGUAAUGGAUAUGGCUAUGGUUAUGGCAACAACUACUACCCCAGCGCCAAUGGACCGUCAACAUAUUAUCCUUACAGGAACAACUAUUACCCCACCACCAGCACAUACCCCAGCAACUACUACCCGAGGAAUUAUUAUCCAAGCAACGGCGGCUGGAGUGGCAGCAAUUACCCCAACUACGCCUCUAAUGGUGGCUAUUACCCCAGCGCUGGAGGCUAUGGCUAUAAUUAUGGCAGCACCACUGGCACGGGUGGCUACUACCCCAGCACGGGCACCAAUAUUUUAGGCGGAAAUGGCGGUUAUGGCGGCUAUGGAGGUAAUGGCGGUCUGCCUGAGUACUAUGGCUAUUAUAACCCACAAUACACUGGUCAGCGCAAUCGUGGUUACGGUUAUUAUGCCAAUACCGAUCGCUAUGGCUUGCCACGCUAUGAUGGCGGCUAUAACGAUCGCCCUUAUGGUGGGCGUGGCGGUUAUGGCACUUAUCGUGGCUACGAUUGAUGUGGACUGUGUGUGUGUGUGUGUCAUGAUUUGAAUUCUGUUUUUGUUUUUUAAUGUUUUCUAUGUGUUUUGCUUUAUUGCUGUUGUUGGCUUAGUAAUGCUCUCGAAAUGCGAUAAUAAACUUACUUCUCGCUUGUAAA